AUGAUGAUUGCCAUCUCAUUGACCCCUGUUUAUCUAUCAGAUAGAUCCGUUGCAGUCAAUGACCAACUAUUUCAAUACACUUUUUCAGUGACUUAUGGAACAAACUACAGCAUCAUGAAUACGGCGAAGACUGUAAACGAGAGUAUGAUGAUUUCACAGUUAGAGAAAGCAUAUGGUCUAGAAGGUUACAUUUCUUCGAUUAGCUCCGUUCAAUUUAGUAACACUACAAGAAUAUUGAACACGGUUCGGAGAAAAAGACUGUUCAGAUUAAUACCUUGUGAACAAAUCCCAACGUUAAAUGGCUAUCAAUUGCAUGUUCGAUUCGUAGUCAAUAUACCAAAAUAUUAUAAUACUGGUAGCAAACGAGAUCAUUUUAUUCAUGUAGUUAAAGAUAUCAUUCGAAAACCUCGGCAGCAUCCAGAUUUGAUAAUGUAUCUGAGCAACAGCGAAGUACAAAAUAUUAAUAAUGAAUUUUGUUCAUUUGAUCCAGUUUCGACUCUAGGCCCGAUAGUUACUAACACGGUAGUAACUUUCACUCAUUCUCCUAAUACUACAACUAAUCAAUACACUCAAUAUACCACUGCAGUAGACACAUCGUCCUCCGAAACGCGUGUUGCAGCAACACAAACUAGUAUUAUCACUACUACUACUUCUACUACUAUUCCUACUACCCCAAUGACGACGACGAUUGAGUCGCCACCAACAUGCAGUGCAUGCCACUUCACUCUUGUAUAUACUUAUACUUACCAAGGUAGUUUGUUGACUGGUACCGAUACGAAAAGUUGUGCCGCUUUCUGUUCGGGUUCAUACGGUCGUCAUCCUGCUAUGGCGAUAUCCAACACUCUGAAUGGUGGUACAUACGACUGCAAUGUUCGUGCAAAUCCACCCAGUGGUGAUUGUGUUACUUCCUAUGGCGAUCCUACUACUUAUAUCGGUCAGUUUUCCAUUGGUCCUGCUGAUACCGUAGAUCACACAAAUCCAAUUUCAUUCAUUAUUGCAUCUAAAAUAACUAUGACAGGCCCGUAUCAACAAGAAAGUAUCAAUGAAAUUUACAAUCUUCUUUUCUGUGAUCAAUUAGAAUUGUAUAAAAAUCACACUAGUUCGUCAGAAGAUCCAUGGAACUUGGUGCUGUCGGAUGAGACUAAUCCAGAAAAGUUAACAAAGUUAUCGCAAGAUCCACAUGUCGCAAGUCGUCUUCGUCUAUUAGCUUACCAGCGUCUACACAGUAUGGCUCAGCCAAUCGAUACAAACGAGCUUCUCGGAGUAAUCGUAGAAAUACGAUUUGCAAAUGGUCUAGAUACAUUGGCUGUCUAUAAGGACGGCAGUGCACGUUAUAUCAACCAAGCUGGAAAGCUCAUUGUUUGGGAUCAUCGAACAGAAAUAUCUGAUAAACUCAUAGGUAACAUAUUUCAAGCAAGUCAAGUCAUCACUGAUCAAAUACUUCCAUGUUAUGACAAAAGAACUCCACAUCCAGCUGAAGGUCGAUGCAAAGUAACAUUCUUAGUCUCAGAUCAAUUACAUUCUACUGAGGGACCUUUUAACGAAUAUUCUGCUCAUCCAGUGAUAGGUCCAGUGAUUUAUGCUGCAUCUGGACUUUUACAAUACCUCAUGGCAGCAGCGUCUAUGAGUGCAGUGUGA